AUGAGAUUAUUAUUAGCCCUCUUUUUCGUUCUUGCUUUAGUUUCCCCAUCUUUCACCCAAGUUUGGUCAAAUUGUGGUACUGCUGCCGAUAAAUUCCAAAUUACCAAUGUAGUAUUAGACCCACCAACACCAGUUAAAGGACAAGAUAUCACAAUCAGUGCAUCAGGUAUUCUCGAUGAAACCGUCACUGGUGGAAAUGUUGCCGUUAAAGUCAAAUAUGGUUUCAUUACACUUAUCAAUGAAAAUGUUUCUAUUUGCAGUUCUCAAGACCCAUUAGCAUGCCCAAUUGCUGCUGGUGAUUACCAAAAGAAUAUGACCGAAAUGAUUCCAUCUGAUGCUCCAUCAGGUAAAUACACUGGUAACGUUGUUAUCACCGAUCAAAACAAUGCUGAAAUCGCCUGUAUUGAUGUUGAUAUUAACUUGUAA